GAAAGACUGAAUAAAUAAAAAAUUGAAAUACACGUUGGUACACCUGGAAUCUGGGUAAUCGAAGCUCAAAAACAGGAACAGUGGCAACCUGGGAAGUGGGAGAAGAUCGUGUAGUGAAAGUAGGGUAUUGUGACUCUUGUCGUAUUGAAUUUGGGUAGGCUAUUACUCCCAACCCCUUUCCACUCACCAAGUUAGGAAGGUCACUUACACCAAAAAAAAAAAAAAGAUGAAAAAAACUUUGAACAUUUUCAUCUGAAAAGCUUAUUACAACAAAGCAUUCGGAAAUGGCUGGUGGAACUGCCUCAUCCUUUUUCAAGGUCCUAAUGUCCGACGUCGCUCGCCAGAUGCGUAUACCGCCUGAGUAUGUCAAGAACUUGGAUAAGAGGUCACUUGGAAAAUGUACUAUUAGAGGCCCUAGUGGUAGGUGCUGGACUGUCGAAGUAGACCAGAGAGAGAACAACUUCUACUUUGCAGGUGGUUGGCAGGAUUUUGCAAAAUAUCAUCGCUUGGAAGUUGGGGAUUUUCUAGUAUUUGAUUAUGAUGGUAAAUCGAAUUUUAGAGCUAAAAUCUAUUGUCGCAGUUCCUCUAAAGAGGAUGCAGGGUUAUCCGAGAAUAAUAAUGAUAAACUUGUUUCCUUGGUGGAGAAAAAAAUUUACCUUGAGCCAAAAGUUGAAGUUGAUGAACUUGAGUCUGAAGUCUACAAGGAGAAGUGCAAAAAGAAAAUAACCGACUCCAAUAUAGUAGCUUGUGAUCAUGGUUUGUCCAGAAAGAAACCCUGUAGUGGAAAAAAAGUUGAAGGAUAUUAUCUUGAACCUAAGGUUGAAGUUGAUGAACUUGUACCUGAAAUCAAUAAGGAGCAGUGCAAAAGGAAAGUGAUUGAUGAACUUGUACCUGAAAACAAUAAGGAGCAGUGCAAAAGGAAAGUGAUCGACUCCAAUAUAACAGCUUGUGAAUGUGGUUUGUCCAGAAAGAAAUCUCAUGCAGGAAAAAAAGUUGAAGGAAAUUAUCUUGAACCAAAGGUUGAAGUUGAUGAGCUUGAACCAGAAAUCCACAAGGAGAAUAUAAAAAAGAAAGUAAUUGAUUCCAACAUAAUAGAUCGUGAUUGUGGUUUGUCCAGAGAGAAACCUAAUAUCGGCCAAAAAGUUGGAAGAAAUUGUCUUCAACGGAAAGUUCAAGCUGAUGAAAUUGAACGUGUAGUCUACAAGGAAAAGUGCAAAAAGAAAGUGACAAACUCCAAUAAAGUAGAUCGUAACUGUGAUUCCGCAAGAAAGAAACCUUGUGCCAACGAAAAAGUUGAAGGAAAUCAUCUUCAACCACAAGUUGAAGAUGAAGAACUACAACCUGAAAUUUACAAGAAGUACAGCAAAAAGAAAGUGAUGAACUCCAAAAAAGUGGCUCUUGAUUGUGCUUUCUCCAGAAAGAAACCUUGUACCGGCAAAAAACUUGAAGAAAAUCUUCUUCAACCAAAAGUUGAAGCUGAAGAAAUUGAACCUGAAAUCUACAAGGAGAACAGCAAAAAGAAAGUGAUGAACGAUAAAGUAGCUCGUGAUUGUGUUUCAUCUGAAAAGAUACCCCGUGCUGAUGAUGAGCAAAAGCCACCCAUUUUUCCAUUUUCAUUAAAAUCGAAGAAUUCAUGCUUUGUAGCAACUUGGAAGAAGCAUAGACUAUAUCGCAUGUCAAUUCCAAUGAAAAUAGCCAGAGAAAAAGGCCUCUUGAACAAGAAAAGUGCAGUUCUUCAGGAUGUAUUUGGGAGGUCAUGGCCUGUUAAACUUGUAAUUGAUAGUGACCUUCAUUUGAUCAUGACAAGCGGUUUUGCAGAUUUCUGUUAUGCAAAUGAAGUUAAGAAUGGGAAUACAUUACUUUUUGAGUUUGUAAAGCCACGUGUAAUGAAAGUUUAUAUUUCUAGAGCAGAAGUUCAUGUUUCUGGAGCGAGAAAAGGCAGAAAUAGAAUUGAAGUGCUCUGAAAGAUUCGAGACGUCUCAGUUGUAAAAAGUAGAUAAAACUUCAAAGCUUUUAAACUGUUAAUUAUAGAUCUGGGAUUUUCUUGCUCCCUGCAGGACCUGUUUAUUUGUUUUUCUAUUUUUGAGAAUUGUAUGAUAAGCUGUAGUGAAUACAAUGUGAAAUUCCAGCAAGUCUAUAUUCUCUUU